AUGCUUCCAAAAACUCCACGCAAACUCCGAAAACCACAGCACGCUUCAUUUGAAUCUGAGGAUCUCUUUGGUCAGGUAGCUGAACUCUUCGAAGGUCCAGCCUUUGAAGAAGGUGAGCAGUGGCGUGCACUUACACGCAUCAAAGUGCGGAAGGAGCCAAGUAUCAACUCCCCUCAGUUGGAAGACAAAGUGAUCGAGAAAGGUGAAACCUUUUUCGUUGCUGAAGUACGCCGAGCCAAAAUUCCCACAGGUGACAAACACCGACUAUAUCUCCGCCUUGCUGCCAGUAAAGGCUGGGUUUUCGAUUUGGGCGUCGCUGGAGACUGGUACGGCAAAUACAUCGCCGAGAAAGUCUACGAAGAUGAGAAGGAUGAGGGCUCAAAUCCAUUAGGUGGUAUUGGUGAUGCCAUGGGCAAUGUCUUCCGGAUGCACUACGUUGGCUACGCUGAGCUGGCUGCUGCUGUCUCCAAUGGCGGUGGUCUCGGGAUCAUUACUGCACUGACUGUGGCGCAGCCACCCAGAGGGAAAGAGGCCCUGCGAGAUGAGAUCAGGAAGUGCCGGAAAUUGACUGAGAAGCCUUUUGGUGUGAACAUCACGCUGCUGCCAGUCGGCGUUCCACCUGACUUUGAUGGGAUUGUAGAGGUGCUGAUAGAGGAGAAAGUGAAGGUGGUCGAGACAGCUGGACGAAAUCCGGAGAAGGUGAUCAAGAAGUGCAAGGAGGCAGGCAUGUUUGUCAUCCACAAGUGCGUGGCAGUGAGACACGCGCAGACAGCGGCCAAGAUGGGAGCAGACAUGAUUUCCAUGGACGGCUUUGAUUGUGGCGGCCAUCCAGGUGAAGAAGACGUUGGCAACUGGGUGCUUUUAGCCCAAGCUUCACAGGAGUUGAAGAUCCCCUUUGUGGCCAGUGGUGGCACGGCUACCGGAGUUCAACUUGCAGCAGCUUUGGCAAUGGGUGCAGAAGGCAUCAACAUGGGCACUCGCUUUAUGGCAACCAAAGAGGCACCAAUUCUUCAACCCAUCAAAGACACCAUGGUGAAAGCGAAAGUCACGGACACCACGCAUAUUUUCCGAACGCUCGGAAACACUGAGCGCGUGUACAAGAACAAGUGUGCCAAGGAGGUACGCGAGAUUGAAGCGAAGAAUCCAGGGGAUUUCUUCGCGAUUGCGCACCUGGUGAAAGGUGAGAACUACAGGCAGUCCUUCCAGGAGACCGGAGAUGCUGAGAGUUCGGCCUGGUCGUGCGGUCAAUCCAUUGGCCUGAUCAAGGACAUUCCCACUUGCCAGGAGCUUAUGGAUCGUUUGGUGGCAGAAGCAGAAGACAUUAUCCGAAACCGCUUGCAGACAUUUUACAGGUCAAAGAUUCUCAAAGAUGGUCAAAGCCAUGGCGGCUCCUCUCCGGAGAUCCUUGACCAAUGGAUGAGACGCCCUGCCUCCGCAGAGCAGAGUAGCGAGCUCAACGAAAGUGCGACCAUGGCAGCCGAGACUCUCUUGCAGCAGCUCCAAGAGGCCCUGGCUGCAGAGAAGCUGUCGAAGGCAGAAGAAGUUCAGGCAGUGGAGAGAGAAAUGCAGGCCCGGCUGGAGUCUUCAGCGAUACGUUGGAGAAAUGAGCUUGAGCAGCACGAGGUUUUCUGGAGCUCAGAGCUCGCUGCUGAGCAACAACGGCAUGAAAUCAUAGAAGCAGGUUUAGAAGCGGAGGUGAUCUCUUUGAAGUUUGAGGCAGAAGAUUGGAAGCUCAAGGAGGGAGCGGAAAUGGCCUGCAAAGAUCAGGCAGAGGUUGAACACAGAACAGGUCAUGUGGUAUCCUCCAUUGUCUCUUUGCAACUUCUGUGCGGAGAGCAAAAGGUUCAGCUGCACCACCUCCAUGCUGAGGCAAAGGCAGCUGCAGAUGCAGAAAACGCCACAUCUCGCUUGGAGAUGUCGCUGGCGGAAGGUGAGCGCCUUCGAAAGGAGGCGUUUGACCUUCGAGUGACUUUGACAGCCCUCACUGACCGCUGCAAGCGCCAAGAGCAGGCAUUGGCUCGUCUUCGAAACAGCAGUGCCAGGAGUAAUUUGCCACGUCCACCAUUGGCAGGCCGCAGAGAAGGCGCACUUCGAGGCCUUGCCAGCAGCAUUGGAUGCAAGGAGAGCAUGGCGCAGGAGGCUUGCUUGAAGACUGUGCAAGAGGACGACAACCACUUGCAGACUUGGUCUAUGUCAGAGGCUUCUCUGGCCCCAGAUGCAUUUGCAGCAGCCCACAACCUGCAGCAGGAGACCUCAGGAGGUUUCGAGUCGCCGGCAUCGUCAGUUCUCCCAGAUGCAUUUGCAGCAGCCCACAACCUGCAGCAGGAGACCUCAGGCGGUUUCGAGUCGCCGGCAUCGUCAGUUCUCCCAGAUGGCUUUGCAGUGGCCAGGGGUGACUUGUUCCCGCGGGACUGCCUGCAGUGCCAGUUGGUGCCCAUGGGUCAGGGAUUUAGUGCAGAGUUCUGUUGCAGCCGGUCUGGAGGAGUUUGGGGCGGGGCAUUUGCAUUGCGCUUGGGAUUGAAAUGGAUGGAAGCCCGCAGGCAAUCCAGAAGGCGCACCCCUGGAGCAAUGUUGGCACCUCGUCAGUUUGGCCGACCUUCUGAGACACUGGAGAGUGAGACGCCCACUGGUGAAAAGUCAGAAGAUUGGUGCAGCAAGCAAGACCUUGUGGCAGGACUUUUUUUCUGCCAUGCGGCCGCCACCAAAGCCAUUUGGGUCAACCAGAUAGAUCACGGACAAGGAGUGCUGAAGGCCCGAGUGCAAGUCCUGUUCAGCAGGUGUCCGAGGGCAAUGAAGGCGGUCAGAUGCAUUGCACUAUGCAGUGAACGCAUUUGGAAUCGUCAUGUAGAUCUGUGUGCCAUCAGUCAAUCAAUCAAACCGGCAGUCUCUUCAGAGGCCAAGCCAAAAGCCACCAGAACAUCUUCUUCGGUGCAAUUGCCAAAGGCUGCUGCCCCCGCCAGUGGCGGCAUGAGCGCGCUGCUGGAAAGGGUAAAGGCUAUUGGAGAGAAGAAAGAUUUGGAGGAAUCAAAGGAGAUUGGUGACAUUGACCUUUCCCAGAUCGAUCCUACGGCCAAACGAGAACGCGUGAAGUGCCCGCGUUGUGAAAAGGAUGUGCUGGAAGAAGACAUGGCAUCUCACAUGACAGCACACUCCAGCGAGAUUCUUCCGUGGUUAUUCUUGGGCGGAAAACGGAAUUUGGAGAAUGACCAGGAGCUCACAGUUCGCACAAACAUCACUCAUGUUUUGAACUUGGCCAAUGAUGUGAACCCACAUCCAGACACAGUGGAUCUUGUAACCAAGUACAACGAAGAGCGGGGCUUGCCGUUCCGCUACAAAAAGCUGGAAUUUGGUGAUACCCGUGACCAAGACAUCCUGAAAGAACUUGAUGGAGCUCUUCAAUUCAUCCACGAUGCCAAGACCGGUGACGAGCGUCACAGAGUUUUGGUAAACUGUGCUCAAGGGGUCUCGCGAUCAGCCUCUGUGACAAUUGCCUACCUCAUGAAGUACGAAGCGAUGAGCCUUCGACAGGCCUAUGAUCAUGUUCUUGAGCGUAGAACAAUCGCUGAUCCUCGCAAGGAGUUCCUGGAUCAACUUGGAAUCUUCGAAUGCGAGCUCUUUGGAUUUGCUAGUCCAACUUUGACCGGGGAAGAAAUUUUUGCACAUCGCAACCUGCUCAAUGUCGAUAGUGACCCUUUGUGCUUUGGCUUGGUUUUGGGAGGAAAGAUGGGACCAGCAGACCGGCGGGCAUCUUAA